AUGGCAUCGAGUCUGCCUAAAAGAGAAUUAAGAAGGAUCGACAGAGAAAGGCGAAAGGAAGAAGAUAGAGUACAAAUGGAGAAAGAUAAAAGACGUCAUGAAAAGGAAGAGGAACAUAAACGUUUAAUGGGUGAAAGAGAAAGUAAACUGACAGAAUUACAAAAGCAGAGAGAAAAGUUGUUAGAGAAAAGGCGUAAAUAUAAGGGAAAACGUCAGCUAAUGUUAGAUAUGGAUAAAAAUAGAAAGGAAAAAAAAAUGAAAGAGGCAUAUAAUUACGAUGAUAGUGCUGAUACUGAAGAGUCAGACGAUGAUUAUAAAACUGUUGAUCAAACAGACGAUGCAGAUUAUGUUAGAAAUACUGAAGAUAGCAGUAUGAAAAUAGAAGACAAUGUUGAUAACGAUAAACAAUUAGAGAAAGAAAUGAAAUGGUUAGAUGAAAAAUGGCGAAAGUAUGAAAAUGAAAACAUUCAGUUGGAAACUGACAUAAAACAAAUAAAGAGUUGGGAAAGAAUUAGCAGUGAUACUACGAGAAAUAGACCAAAUAGAAAUGGGUCUGAAGAAAAGAGGAUGAAAGGGAACAUCAAAAGUGAUAAAUUUGAAACUGACAAUGAACGUAGUGACGAAGAACGUAAACUAAUAGAGAAAAUUAAACAGUUAAAAAUAAGAGAAAAGAAAGUGAAUGAUGUUAUAGAAAAGAGUAGAUUACUAAAAAGAGACAAGCUGAGGAAAUAG